AUGGCAUCCUUCUUCGAACAGCUAUGGGAGUCCAUCUUCAUUGCGGGGCCGACGCCCACGCUCCUUAUCGCAACAAACGCCUCGUUCGCCGCGCUCCAGGUCCUUUUGUUCGUCAUGCUCAUUGCGACGUACAGCAUACACUUUGUUAUUCUCUCGAUUCUGUGUGGAGGGCUUUGGUGGUCAAUCAACUGGUUUGCGACGGAGCUUCGCGCUGCCCAAGCCAAGGAGGAGGAGGCAAAGCGCAUCCGGGAAGCCAGAAGGGGCGGCAAAGAGAAGGGUGACGCAGGCGACGACGGAGAGGGAAUGGAUACAGGCGACGACACCGAGGUCGACACCGAGGUCGAGCAGAAGCAGACCCUCAAGCCCAAACCCAACCCGCCGCGUGCGCCACGCCCGGAAACGCAGAGUACCGUAUUCGUUGAGAAGCCUGACGGAAGUGAAUCAGACAGCCCAACACAGCUCUCGGCUUCUGCGGGUCGUGGAGGCCCUACUGCUGCUAGCACUACGGGGGCGACGACGAGUCUUGCGGCACCUGUAGAGGAUGCGCUGAAGCGAAGGAAGGGCAUGGGAGAAUCAACCGGCGAUAUAUCAACCGACAGCGAGUGGGACAAGCUGUCGGAGGACUCUGAGGAUAAAUGA